AUGCGCUAUGAGAAAGAGAGACAGACGCGCUUUCAAAAGGUGCAAAGGGAGAUCUCGCCUCCCAUCCCCACGCUCCAGAAGAGACACAGGGCCCCCCAGUCCACCUCCAGUCCCCCCAGCAUGGACAGCAGACGAUCCACCUCCUCCAUGUCUCAAACGGCCAAAAACAAGGAGCUGGUCCGUCUCGCCAAGGAGAAGAACAACAAAAAGGUGGAGGAAGAGGAGAUUGCUGCUGGGAGGACGCGCUAUGAGAAAGAGAGACAGGCGCGCAUUCAAGAGGUGCGAAGGGAGAUCUCGCCCCCCAUCCCCACCCUCCAGAAGAGACACAGGGCCCCCCAGUCCACCCCCAGUCCCCCCAGCAUGGACAGCAAACGCCCCACCACCCCCAUGUCUAAGGGUUCUCUUUCAGGGCUCCAAUCCCAGACAGCUUCUGUCCCAGCUGUUAGGAAGGAGCUGAGAGCUGCAGGCUGCCUACCAGAGUACGAGAGGGAAGUCCUCUGUAAAUUGUCUGCAAUCCGUAAAAAGCUGCUCAAAGAGCAGAAACGGGCGGAGGGCCAGAUGAUGCGCUCAGAGUGAGAGGAGCUGGACUCACUUGACAGGAUGGAGGCUUCCAGGGAGUUUAUCAGACUGCCAGAUGACUACAUCAUAUCAAAGAGCGUGGACCCAAAGAAACAUGAGGAAAUACUGACUCUCUCUCUCUCUCUCUCUCUCUCUCUCUCUCUCUCUCUCUCUCUCUCUCUC